GCGGGCAGACUCAGUUUUGGGAAGAAUGCGGCUAGGGGGAUGGGAGAGGUGAAGGCAGCAAACGCCACUGUAGGCCGAUCCCCCCCUUCUCAGUUUCAGUUUUUAAUUACUUAAUGCUGAAUCGCACGGCGCUUAUCUAAAUAUUUGCAAAUGCUCUUUCCUAUUGAUUCCUCUGAAUAAACUGUGCUCCUCGCCCUCGGAGGGAAGGCGAUUCGUGCUCUCCUGAAACUAACCCUCCAGAGGAGAGUGUGUUUGUGUGGGGGACACAUACGGCUGUAUGGCUGUGUAUAAACGCGGAUGUACGUAGCACACACACACACGGGUUUCUUAGUGUGAAUUAUUUAUAAUUUGGCUUGCGUGGUUUUUUGUGGUUUUGUGUUUUGUUUGUUUUUUUUUUUUUUUUUUAAUUGUUAAACUCCCUCUGCUCUUUUUAAAUUUUUAUAUUUUUUUUUUUGUAAUUCCGAGAAAGGUCUGUUUCUCUUUCAAGCUCUGGGUAUGUCCUGUACUUUGUGCGGAUAUGUAACAUAUACGCGUCUCUUCCUCGGUCGUCUGUCUGUCUUUCUCUUCUCGCUCCUGUUUAAUAUGGAGCAAUUUUCUGGAGGCUCAGUGACUCCCUCCUUAGGGUCACAUUGAGUUCGAAUCCGUCUGAAGGUGCAGGAAUCCUGCAAAGGGGGCAAUAAGAGAAUAGGGAGAAAAGGGUCAAGUUGGCUGCUUAGACGCCAAAACUCCCACAGCUGCCUUUAAAAAAAAUAUAUAUAUGAUAUUUUGCUUUCCUCGCCAUAUUAUAAAUUGUAGCCUCCCCUUUCAGGUAUUUUCUUUACAGCUUUUGCCUCCCCCUCCUGUGCCCCCCCUGUUAGGGGAGAAGGGGGGGAGGAGGGAAAAUAAAAGGAAAAGAAAUGGAGGGGGGGCAAAGAGGCAAAAAAAAUAAAACCCAUUGAGUUUAGGCAAAUAAGGUUUGGUCUCCGUAUCCUAUUACAAAGCACUUUGAAUAUGCAAGACAUCACACAAGACCAGUUAUUCCAGUUACGACAAACUUAAAAAGAGAAAAAAAGAGAGGCAUGUUUAGAUUAUAAUUUGUUAGAGCAAGAAUCAUAUUUAAAACUCUGUCUUUUAAUUUUUUUUUCCAGCCUUGCAUUGUCUCCAGCCUUUUUCUGCUGUCUAGAUUUUUUUUAUAUUAUUAUUAUUAUUAUUAAAAUCUUUCUGUUGAGUUUAGGAAGACUGCUGCGAGCAACACAUUUUCUGUAUUUUUGUUCCUGUAUCUUGGAGGAGAGUUGGCAGGGAUUUUGUGGUUUGCAGUUACACAAUAUGUUAUCAUGUUUUUAAUCACUAAAUCAUUGCAGUGGUUAUAGAUUUACAGUCUUAGGGUAUUACGGAGAGGAGCAGCGCAGCUUGCAUGUACAGGAACAUACGAGAGCAUGCAGCUAACAUGCUCGUGAACUUUGCUGUUAAAUUGUUUCCCGGCCGAGCUUUGGCGCAGAGGAGAGCGAGCGUUUUGGCAUCACCCCUGCACGCACUUGAGGAAAGUUUGCGCACCUCUCCCAGCCGGGCAGGAGCUCCGAUGGGUGUCCUGCGCGCCCCGUCCCGCGGUGCUGGCGGUCCAAGCCGUACCGGGUGCGAUGAGCGCUCCGUGCCGGCCCUGCCAUGGAAGGCUGUGACUCGCCUGUCAUCCCUGGGAAGGACAAUGGGUGCGGCAUCCCUCAGCACCAGCAAUGGACUGAUCUCAACAGCGCCCACCUCCCUGACACAGCCGGCAGCAUGGAGCAGCCCGCGGCCGAGAGCCGCGGCCCCCUGGACAGCCUGAGGGUCCCUUUCCCCGAGCGCGUCCCCGAGAGCAGCGCCGCGGCCGGCCCCGGCGCCGAGCCCGCCGGCAAGGAGGUGAGCUGCGGCCAGUGCGCCGCCUCCUUCGCCGGCCUGCAGAGCUACAUGGAGCACCGCUGCGCCAGCGCCCGCCCGCCCCCGCCGCUCCGGGGGGAGAGCGGGAGCGAGAGCAGCGAGGACGGGGAGGAGGAGAGCGACGUGGAGAACCUGGCUGGCGAGAUCGUCUACCAGCCGGAUGGCUCAGCCUACAUCGUGGAGAGCCUCAGCCAGCUGGCGCAGAGCGGGGCUGGCGGCACGGCCCUCCCCGCGCUGCUCCCCAACUCUCUGCCCAAGCAGGGAGAGCCCUCCGCCACCGCUCCCGUCUACCCACAGAUCAUCAACACCUUCCACAUAGCCUCAUCCUUCGGGAAGUGGUUUGAGGGCUCAGACCAGGCCUUCCCGAAUACCUCAGCCCUGGCGGGCAUCAGCCCCGUCCUGCACAGCUUCCGCGUCUUCGAUGUGCGACACAAAAGCAACAAGGAUUACCUGAACAGCGACGGUUCUGCCAAAAGCUCCUGCGUAUCCAAAGAUGUUCCCAACAAUGUGGACCUGUCCAAAUUUGAUGGCUUUGUGCUCUACGGGAAGAGGAAGCCCAUCCUAAUGUGUUUCUUGUGCAAGCUCUCCUUUGGGUAUGUCCGCUCGUUCGUGACCCACGCGGUGCACGACCACCGAAUGACUCUGAGUGAGGAGGAGCGGAAAAUUCUUAGCAAUAAGAACAUCUCCGCUAUCAUCCAAGGGAUAGGCAAAGACAAGGAACCCCUUGUCAGCUUUCUGGAACCAAAAAACAAAACCUUUCAGCACCCUCUCGUUUCCACAGCUAACCUCAUAGGCCCUGGACACAGUUUUUAUGGUAAAUUCAGUGGCAUUCGCAUGGAAGGCGAGCAGGCCCUCCAGGCCGGGGCAGCCGGCGGAGCGGAGCCGCCGCCAGCGGGUGUCCUGGCCCCCGGCGCGCUCCUCAACCUGGGCGGGCUGACCAGCUCGGCUCUCAAGACUCCCAUUACCUCAGUCCCCCUGGGCCCGCUGGCGUCCAGCCCCACUGCGUCUGCCGAGGGGAAGGACCCGGGGGCGGCAGAGGGGGAGAAGCAGGAGGGGGGCGACCAGGACAGCCUCUCGGAAAAGGCAGAGCCGGUUGAGGAGGUGGAGGAAGAGGAAGAGGAGGAUGUGGAGGAGGAGGAGGAGGAGGAGGAAGAAGAGGAGGAAGAGGAAGAAGAUGAGGAUGAUGAGGGUUGCAAAGGACUGUUUCCGAGCGAAUUGGAGGAUGAACUGGAGGACCGGCCCCAGGAGGACGCUGGGGCUGUGGCAGGUGGCGGCAGCAGCAAAAAGGACCUUGCUCUCUCAAACCAAAGCAUUUCUAACUCUCCCUUAAUGCCUAACGUGCUCCAGACCCUGUCACGGGGCACAGCUUCUACUAGUUCUAAUUCUGCUUCUUCCUUUGUCUUUGAUGGUGCAAACAGGAGGAAUCACUUAAGCUUUAACAAUGAGGGCGGCGGAGCCAGCGUAGCAGAGGGCAGCAGGAGGCUGGACUUUAUAGAUGAAAGUGCCAAUAAAGACAAUGCCACAGCACCAGAACCAAAUGAGAGCGCGGAGGGCGAGGACGGGAGCUACAUCUCCCAUCACCAGCAUGCUGGCCCCCUCUGUGAACUUGGGGGUGGGGAGUGCCCCUCGGGGAGCGGCGUGGAGUGCCCAAAGUGCGACACGGUCCUGGGCUCCUCGCGGUCGCUGGGUGGCCACAUGACUAUGAUGCAUUCUCGCAACUCGUGUAAGACACUCAAGUGUCCCAAGUGCAAUUGGCACUACAAGUACCAGCAGACGCUUGAGGCGCACAUGAAGGAGAAACAUCCUGAGCCGGGUGGCUCCUGCGUCUACUGCAAAAGCGGACAGCCGCACCCGCGGCUGGCGCGGGGCGAGAGCUACACCUGUGGUUACAAGCCCUUCCGCUGCGAGGUCUGUAACUACUCCACUACUACCAAAGGCAACCUCAGUAUUCAUAUGCAGUCUGACAAGCAUCUCAACAACAUGCAAAACCUGCAGAACGGAGGGGGAGAGCAAGUCUUCAGCCACACCGCUGGGGCGGCAGCGGCUGCAGCAGCUGCGGCGGCCGCGGCCGCCAACAUUGGUAGCACCUGUGGGGCCCCCUCCCCCACCAAACCAAAAACCAAACCUACAUGGCGGUGCGAGGUGUGCGAUUAUGAGACCAACGUAGCUAGAAACCUUCGUAUUCACAUGACCAGUGAGAAGCACAUGCACAACAUGAUGCUGCUUCAGCAGAACAUGUCCCAAAUCCAACACAACCGGCACCUGGGCCUCGGCAGCCUGCCGUCCCCCGCCGAGGCCGAGCUCUACCAGUACUACCUGGCGCAGAACAUGAACCUUCCCAACCUGAAGAUGGACAGCACUUCCUCAGAUGCACAGUUCAUGAUGGGUGGAUUCCAGCUUGAUCCCACCAAUCCCAUGGCAACGAUGGCUCCAUCUCUAGUGGGUGGAGAGAUCCCCCUGGACAUGCGGUUAGGUGGUGGACAGCUGGUGUCUGAGGAGCUCAUGAACUUGGGUGAGAGUUUCACGCAAACAAACGACCCAUCGCUGAAGCUCUUCCAGUGUGCUGUGUGCAACAAGUUCACUACAGACAAUUUGGACAUGCUGGGCCUCCACAUGAACGUGGAGCGAAGCCUCCCCGAAGACGAGUGGAAGGCGGUGAUGGGGGACUCGUACCAGUGCAAGCUGUGCCGCUACAACACGCAGCUCAAGGCAAACUUCCAGCUCCACUGUAAGACGGACAAGCAUGUGCAGAAAUACCAGCUGGUAGCACAUAUCAAGGAGGGUGGCAAGGCCAACGAGUGGAGGCUGAAGUGCGUGGCCAUUGGGAAUCCAGUACAUCUGAAAUGCAACGCAUGUGACUACUACACCAACAGUCUAGAGAAGCUGCGUCUUCACACGGUGAACUCGAGGCAUGAGGCCAGCCUGAAACUCUAUAAGCACCUUCAGCAUCACGAGAGCGGGGUGGAGGGUGAAAGCUGCUACUAUCACUGUGUCCUCUGUAACUACUCCACCAAGGCCAAACUGAACCUCAUCCAGCACGUGCGCUCCAUGAAGCACCAGCGCAGCGAAAGCCUGCGGAAGCUCCAGCGCCUCCAGAAAGGGCUCCCUGAGGAAGAGGAAGACCUGGGACAGAUCUUCACCAUCCGCAAGUGUCCGGCGGCAGAGGCAGAAGAAUCCGUUGAAGAUGUGGAAGGGCCCAAUGAAACAGCUGGCGAUGCUGAAGAGCCUGCUAAGGAGCAAGAGAGUGGAGGGGACAAGGACCAGAGUAAAUGGACAGCACCAGCCAGCCAGGCAGAGAAGGAGCUGACAGAGCCUCCAGCAUCCUCUAAACGAAUAUCAUUUCCCAGCAGCUCUGAGUCGCCUCUCUCCUUUAAAUGGUCAAAAACUUCAGAGGAGACCAAAUCAGAGCAGAUGUACCAGUGUCCAUAUUGCAAGUACAGUAACACAGACGUGAACCGGCUGCGGGUGCACGCCAUGACCCAGCACUCGGUGCAGCCCAUGCUGCGCUGCCCGCUCUGCCAGGACAUGCUCAACAACAAGAUCCAUCUGCAGCUGCACCUCACCCACCUGCACAGCGUGUCGCCCGACUGCGUCGAGAAGCUCAUCAUGACGGUGACAACACCUGAGGUGAUGAUGCCCAGCAGCAUGUUCCUCCCAGCGGCUGCUCCAGAGAAGGACGGGAACUCAGCCGCAGAGGAGCUGGGGAAGCAGCCUGAGAUCUCUGAGGACUCGGGAAAGAGUCUCUUGCCGUCGGACAGCGCAGAGCACAGCGGGGACCCCAAGCCCGUCCCGGCCGACGCGGGCUGUGCCAGGGAGGACGCCGGCUUCCUCUGCUGGAAGAAGGGCUGCAGCCAGGCGUUCAAGAGCUCGGCAGCCCUGCAGACGCACUUCAACGAAGUUCACGCCAAGCGGCCUCAGCUACCAGUGUCCGAUCGCCACGUCUACAAGUACCGCUGCAACCAGUGCAGCCUGGCCUUCAAAACCAUCGAGAAGCUGCAGCUCCAUUCCCAGUACCACGUCAUCCGGGCAGCCACGAUGUGCUGUCUCUGCCAACGCAGCUUCCGAACCUUCCAGGCCCUGAAGAAGCACCUGGAAACCAGCCACCUGGAGCUGAGUGAGGCCGACAUUCAACAGCUGUACGGUGGCCUUUUGGUCAAUGGGGACCUCCUCACUAUGGGCGAUCCUUCACUUGCAGAAGACCACACUAUCAUAGUCGAGGAAGAUAAGGAGGAGGAGAGCGACUUAGAAGAUAAGCAGAGCCCAACAGGUAGUGACUCGGGGUCGGUGCAAGAGGACUCUGGCUCAGAACCAAAAAGGGCCUUACCCUUCAGGAAGGGCCCUAACUUUACCAUGGAGAAAUUCCUUGAUCCAUCUCGCCCUUACAAGUGCACAGUCUGCAAGGAGUCUUUCACACAAAAGAACAUUCUCCUGGUCCAUUACAAUUCCGUUUCUCAUCUGCAUAAACUGAAAAGAGCCCUCCAAGAGUCUGCUACAGGGCAGCCCGAACCCACCAGCAGCCCAGACAACAAACCUUUCAAGUGUAACACGUGCAACGUGGCCUACAGCCAGAGCUCCACACUGGAGAUCCACAUGAGGUCUGUCCUGCACCAGACCAAGGCUCGUGCUGCCAAGCUGGAGGCGGCGGGCGGCAGCAGCAACGGCGCUGGCAGCGGCAGCAGCAGCAGCGGGCUCGCUCUGGGUUCAUCCACGCCAAGUCCAGUCAGUGCGAGCAACAGUAAUACCUUCACAACCAGCAACACCAGUAAUUCGGGCACAACCCCCAUGCCCAGCCUGCUGAACCAGGUGUCCAGUGACACUGUGGGAAUUCCUCCUCUAGGUAACCCCGUAAGCACUAACAUCUCCUCCCCUUCGGAGCCCAAAGAGGCGAACCGCAAGAAGCUGGCAGACAUGAUUGCGUCCAGGCAGCAGCAGCAGCAGCAGCAGCAGCAACAGCAGCAGCAGCAGCAGCAGCAACAAGCUCAGACCUUGGCCCAGGCCCAGGCCCAAGUCCAGGCCCAUCUGCAACAAGAGCUGCAGCAGCAGGCUGCUCUGCUGCAGUCCCAGCUGUUCAACCCAGCACUUCUGCCUCACUUUCCCAUGACCACUGAGACCCUUCUGCAGCUUCAGCAGCAGCAGCAUCUUUUGUUUCCUUUCUACAUCCCCAGUGCCGAGUUCCAGCUCAACCCAGAAGUCAGUUUGCCUGUCACCAGCGGUGCGCUGACGUUGACUGGGACAGGUCCAAGUUUGCUGGAAGACCUGAAGGCUCAAGUUCAGCUCCCUCAGCAGAGCCAUCCACAGCUCUUACAGCAGCAGCAGGGUCAGCUGUCCUUGUCACAACCUCACUCCGUCCUUAUACAGCAGAGCCAGCACCCUGAGAAGAAGAAUAAAUCCAUAGUGAAGGAGAAAGAAAAAGAAACGCCACGGGAAAGGGAAGGUGCAGAGAGGGGAGAAAAUAAUGUAGCAUCUAAGGAGUCUCUGCCUGAUAACUUAAAGCCCAAAGAGAAGAAGGACUUUGUAGCAGGCAAUAGUUCGGAGCCCUCCUUACUGCCUCCACGUAUUGCCUCUGAUGCGAGAGGGAAUGCCACAAAAGCCUUGCUGGAAAACUUUGGCUUUGAGCUUGUCAUUCAGUAUAACGAGAACAAGCAGAAGGUGCAGAAGAAAAACGGGAAGACAGAGCAAGGUGAGAACUUGGAAAAGCUGGAGUGUGAUACAUGCGGCAAGUUCUUUUCAAACAUCCUCAUCCUGAAGAGCCACCAAGAGCAUGUUCACCAACAUUACUUUCCCUUCAAGCAGUUAGAGAGAUUUGCCAAACAAUACAGAGAACACUAUGACAAACUGUACCCGCUGCGGCCUCAGACCCCGGAGCCGCCCCCGCCACCCCCGCCCCCCCCCCCGCCGCUGCCCCCCGCCCCUCCGCAGCCGGCGUCCACUCCCACCAUCCCCGCCUCCGCGCCCCCCAUCACCUCUCCCACCAUGGCGCCCGCCCAGCCGUCCGUGCCGCUCACCCAGCUCUCCAUGCCCAUGGAGCUGCCCAUCUUCUCCCCGCUGAUGAUGCAAACCAUGCCCCUGCAAACGUUACCUGCGCAGCUGCCGCCCCAGCUUGGGCCCGUGGACCCUCUGCCUGCCGACCUGGCCCAGCUGUACCAGCACCAGCUCAACCCCAGCCUUCUCCAGCAGCAGCAGAACAAGAGGCCACGGACGCGGAUCACCGACGACCAGCUCAGAGUUCUUCGGCAGUAUUUUGACAUUAACAAUUCCCCAAGUGAGGAACAGAUCAAAGAGAUGGCGGACAAAUCCGGAUUGCCCCAGAAAGUGAUCAAGCACUGGUUCAGAAACACUCUUUUCAAGGAACGCCAGCGCAACAAAGAUUCCCCGUACAACUUCAGUAAUCCUCCCAUUACUAGCCUGGAAGAACUGAAGAUCGACUCACGGCCUCCUUCUCCAGAGCCCCAAAAGCAGGAGUACUGGGGAAGCAAGCGGUCCUCCCGCACACGCUUUACCGACUACCAGCUGAGAGUCCUGCAGGACUUCUUUGAUGCCAACGCUUAUCCAAAGGAUGACGAAUUUGAGCAGCUUUCUAACCUGCUGAACCUCCCAACACGUGUUAUAGUGGUGUGGUUCCAGAAUGCCCGUCAAAAAGCUAGGAAAAACUAUGAGAACCAGGGAGAAGGCAAAGAUGGGGAACGACGGGAGCUUACAAAUGACAGGUACAUUAGAACAAGCAACUUGAACUACCAGUGCAAAAAGUGCAGUCUAGUCUUUCAGCGCAUUUUUGAUCUCAUUAAACACCAGAAAAAGCUUUGUUACAAAGAUGAGGAUGAGGAUGGACAGGAUGAUAGCCAGAAUGAAGACUCUAUGGAUGCAAUGGAGCUCUUGACUCCAACCAGUUCCUCCUGCAGCACACCAAUGCCCUCCCAAGCUUACAGCACACCUACGUCUUCAGCCAACGCAACCUCCUCAGCUUUUCUGCAGCUCACGGCAGAGGCAGACGAUUCCUCCACCUAUAGUUCUAAAGCAGAAGCUACAGAUGAGAAACCAAAGCAGCCUGAACCUCCAAGUACACAGCAAAACCAAACUCAAGAGAAGCAAGUGCAACCAAAGCAAGAGUCUCAGCAGCAACAGGACCAAGGAGAACAAAAGACAAGUUCAGCACACCAAAAGAUUUCACAGUUAUCCUCCCCCUCUUCAAUGCAGCAGCCGCCCCCUCCUCCCCAGCCCCCUCAGUGCUCCCUGUCACAGUCCAGCCCAAGUCCAUCUCAGCUCUCCCAUCUCUCCCUCAAACCCAUUCACACGUCCACCCCUCAGCAGCUGGCAAACCUACCUCCUCAGCUAAUCCCCUACCAGUGUGACCAGUGUAAGCUGGCAUUUCCUUCCUUCGAGCAUUGGCAGGAGCAUCAGCAGCUUCAUUUUCUGAGCGCACAGAACCAGUUUAUCCACCCCCCAUUCCUGGACAGAACGCUGGAUAUGCCGUUCAUGCUUUUUGAUCCCAGUAAUCCACUGCUCACGAGCCAGCUGCUAUCUGGAACGAUACCGCAGAUUCCAGCAAGUUCAGCCACUUCACCAUCAACUCCAACGUCCACUAUGAACACACUGAAGAGAAAGCUGGAGGAAAAGGCCAGUGCAAGCCCUGGAGAAAACGACAGUGGGACCGGAGGAGAAGAACCACAAAGGGAUAAACGUCUAAGGACAACCAUUACCCCAGAGCAGCUGGAAAUUCUUUAUCAGAAAUACUUGCUUGACUCCAACCCAACGCGGAAAAUGCUGGAUCACAUUGCACAUGAAGUGGGCUUGAAGAAACGUGUGGUGCAAGUCUGGUUUCAGAACACGCGUGCACGGGAAAGGAAGGGGCAGUUCAGAGCUGUGGGGCCUGCCCAAGCCCACAGACGCUGCCCCUUCUGCCGAGCUCUCUUUAAAGCAAAGACCGCUCUCGAAGCUCACAUCCGAUCCCGGCACUGGCACGAGGCCAAGAGAGCUGGGUACAACCUGACGUUGUCUGCUAUGCUCUUGGACUGUGAUGGGGGACUCCAAAUGAAGGGAGAUAUCUUUGAUGGAGCCAGCUUUUCCCACAUGCCACCAACUAGCAGUGAUGGACAGAGCGUUCCUCUGUCCCCUGUGAACAAGAGCAUGGAGCUGUCACCUCGAACUCUGCUGAGUCCCUCCUCCAUUAAGGUGGAAGGGAUAGAGGACUUUGAGAGUCCCUCCAUGUCCUCGGUCAAUCUGAGCUUUGACCAAACGAAGCUGGACAACGAUGACUGCUCUUCUGUCAACACUGCAAUCACAGACACUACAACAGGAGAUGAAGGGAACGCAGACAACGAUAGUGCAACAGGGAUUGCAACCGAAACCAAAUCCGCAUCAGGACCCAGCGAAGGUCUGACAAAAGCUGCCAUGAUAGCGAUGUCUGAAUAUGAAGAUCGGCUGUCUUCUGGCCUGGUCAGCCCAGCUCCCAGCUUUUACAGCAAAGAGUACGAUAAUGAAGGUACUGUGGACUAUAGUGAAACAUCCAGCCUCGCAGACCCCUGCUCCCCCAGCCCUGGCGCAAGUGGUUCAGCCAGCAAGUCUGGAGAGAGCGGGGAUCGGCCCGGACAGAAACGCUUUCGCACUCAGAUGACUAAUCUCCAGCUAAAAGUUCUUAAGUCAUGCUUUAAUGACUACAGGACACCUACCAUGCUGGAGUGUGAGGUCCUGGGCAAUGACAUUGGACUGCCAAAGAGAGUUGUUCAGGUCUGGUUCCAGAAUGCUAGGGCAAAGGAGAAGAAGUCCAAACUCAGCAUGGCCAAGCAUUUUGGUAUAAACCAAACAAGUUACGAGGGACCCAAAACAGAGUGCACUUUGUGUGGCAUCAAGUACAGCGCUCGACUGUCUGUACGUGACCAUAUCUUCUCUCAACAGCAUAUCUCCAAAGUUAAAGAAACCAUUGGAAGCCAGUUGGAUAAGGAAAAGGAGUAUUUUGACCCAGCUACUGUACGUCAGUUGAUGGCUCAGCAGGAGCUGGACCGGAUCAAAAAAGCCAACGAGGUUCUUGGUCUGGCAGCUCAACAGCAGGGCAUGUUUGACAACGCCCCUCUGCAAGCUCUUAACCUUCCUGCUGCAUACCCAGCACUACAGGGCAUCCCUCCAGUCUUGCUCCCCGGCCUCAACAGCCCGUCCUUACCAGGCUUCACUCCAUCCAACACAGCUUUAACUUCUCCCAAACCCAACCUGAUGGGCCUGCCCAGCACAAGCGUCCCUUCACCCGGCCUCCCCACCUCUGGAUUACCAAAUAAGCAGCCCCCAGCCGCGCUGAGCUCACCCACCCCGGCACAAGCCACAGCGGCCGUGGCCCCGCAGCAGCCGCCUGCAACCACCCCGCAGCCACAGCAGCCGCCUCCGCCACCACGCAAGGAGAAGGAGAGCGAGAAGGCAAAAGAGAAGGAGAAGGCACCCAAGGGGAAGGGGGACCCCCUGCCAGGGCCCAAGAAGGAGAAGGGGGAGGCGCCGGCGGGCGCCCUCGCAGCCCCGCUGCCCGCCAUGGAGUACGCGGUGGAGCCGGCCCAGCUCCAGGCGCUGCAGGCCGCCCUCAGUUCGGACCCCGCCACCCUGCUGACGAGCCAGUUCCUCCCCUACUUCGUCCCCGGCUUUUCCCCCUACUACGCCCCGCAGAUCCCCGGCGCCCUGCAGAGCGGGUACCUGCAGCCCAUGUACGGGAUGGAGGGGCUCUUCCCCUACAGCCCUGCACUGUCGCAGGCGCUGCUGGGGCUGUCCCCCGGCUCCCUGCUGCAGCAGUACCAGCAAUACCAGCAGAGUCUGCAGGAGGCAUUGCAGCAGCAGCAGCGGCAGGCGCAGCAGCAGCAGCAGCAGCAGCAGCAGCAGAAAGCGCAGCAGCCCAAAGGAAGCCAAACCCCCGUCCCUGCGGGGGCUGCCACCCCGGACAAAGACCCUGCCAAAGAACCCCCCAAGCAAGAAGAGCAGAAGAAUGCACCCCGCGAGGUGUCCCCCCUCCUGCCCAAACCCCAAGAAGAGCCCGAAGCAGAAGGCAAGGGCGCGGAAUCCCUCUGCGACCCCUUCAUCGUCCCCAAGGUGCAGUACAAGCUGGUCUGCCGCAAGUGCCAGGCGGGCUUCGGCGACCAGGAGGCGGCCAGCGACCACCUGAAGUCCCUCUGCUUCUUCGGCCAGUCCGUGGCGAACCUGCAAGAGAUGGUGCUUCACGUGCCCACCGGCAGCGGCCAGGGCAGCGGCUCGUACCAGUGCGUGGCGUGCGAGAGCACGGUGUGUGGGGACGAAGCCCUCAGUCAGCAUCUCGAGUCAGCCCCGCACAAACACCGAACAAUCACAAGAGCAGCAAGAAACGCCAAAGAGCACCCCAGUCUAUUACCUCACUCUGCCUGCCCCCCCGACCCCAGCACCGCAUCUACCUCGCAGUCGGCCGCUCACUCAAACGACAGCCCCCCGCCCCCCCGGCCCCCCCCGGCUUCCCCCCACGCCGCCAGAAAGCCCUGGCCCCCGGCAGCCCCCCGCGCCCCACCGGGGAAGCCGCCGCCGCCGCCUUUCCCUCCUCUCUCCUCAUCUUCAACGGUUACCUCAAGUUCAUGCAGCACCUCAGGGGUUCAGCCCUCGAUGCCAACAGACGACUAUUCGGAGGAGUCUGACACGGAUCUUAGCCAAAAGUCAGAUGGACCGGCGAGCCCGGCGGAGGGGCCCCGGGACCCCGGCUGCCCUAAGGACAGUGGUCUAGCUAGCGUAGGAAUGGACACCUUCAGAUUGUAAGCUUUGAAGAUGAACAAUGAAAAUGAAUUUAAAUAAAAAGUUAAUAACAAACCAAUUUCAAAAAUAGACUAACUGCAAUUCCAAAGCUUCUAACCAAAAAAAAGAAAAAAGAAAAAAGAAAAAGCGUGGGUUGUUUUCCCAUAUAACGUUGCCGGUGGGUUUUACAUUUCUUUUUUCCUUUCCUUUUAAUAAAAUAAAACGUAAAAAAGAAAAAAAAAAAAAGAAAUCUGUUACAUUUGUCCUUUCGAAGGUACUGUUGGUCUGGGAGACGAAAGCCCCGUGCUGCCUCCUCACUGUCUUCGGAGCUCGAGCCCCUUGUACAUCGCCCGUCUCAAUCCCGCCACGUCGAUAGCACAGCAGAGCCCGGCACGCACUGUAUGGGAAAGCAGCCCACCUUGUUACAGUUUUAAAUUUCUUGCUAUCUUAGCAUUCAGAUACCAAUGGCUUGCUAAAAGAAAAAGAAAUGUAAUGUCUUUUUAUUCUCAGGUCAAUCGCUCACACUUUGUUCUGUUUUCAGAAUCAUUGUUUUAUAUAUAUAUAUAUAUAUAUAUAUAUAAUUUCUUUCAUUUGUUUUGGGGUUUUUGUUUUGUUUCAUUUUCGUUCCAGAAAAGGAUUUUUUUUUUUUUUCUUUUUUUUAAUUUAAAAUGGGCAGAAAGUAUUCAAGAGAAAAACAAUGUGAACUGCUUUAGCUUUUCGGGGAUUUUAAGGGUAGCUUUUCUGCUGAAGCCAAUUUCAAGGGGAAAAGUUAAGCACUCCCACUUUUCAGAAAAAAAAAAACCACACAAAGAGUGUUGAGGACUCGGAGCUUAAAAAAUAAGUUUUAAAACAACUGACUUUCUGUAUUUAUGAUAGAUAUGACCAUUUUUGGUGUUGAGUAGAUUGUUGCAUUGGAAAUGAACUGAAGCAGUAUGGUAGAUUUAAAAGAAAAAACCCUUUUGUGUACAUUUAGCUUUUGUAUGGUCCAGCUGACGGCUUCUCAUUUGAUGUUGUCUUGUUCAUUCCUAGCCAGAUAGAUUGCAAUCCAUUGACUCGCCUGAGCUUUUCUCCCCUUUGUACCUUUACUCCCCAUUCCCCCGUCCUGUAAUCUUCCACUUAUGGUCGCUACCUUCAUUUCUUAGAGGGUGGUUGCAUAAUUAUUUUAUAAAAACUAAAGAAAGAAGUUCAAAGGGUUUUGGGGGGUCAGUAGGAUCCCUUGCAGAAUAUUUUUUGUUGGGGGUUUGAAACUUUUUAAGGCGUAUACAUACGAUUUACCUAUGUCUGUUACCCUUGUGCACUUAUCUCUUUCUUAUUUUCCAUUUUUCCUCUUUUUUUUUCUCUCCCUGCCCUCUUCUUUUCCUCAUUUUGUAAAUGCUUCAAAGACUCUGUUCCUGAACUAUAAGCGUUUGUUUCUGUUUGUGUAAUUAGGCUGCACUCUGUUCCUUCUUUUAAAAAAAAGGUUUUGUUACAUUUUUUUUCUCUAAAGAAAAUUCAUGCUUUAAAUAAAAUCCAAAGACAUACCCUUUCACCACUGGUGCAGAAUGAGCAAAAAGGAUUCUUUUUACUUGAGAAUUUGUUUCUGAUUUAAACAAACAAGUCUAAGUUUAAAUAAAGAAUAAAAAAAAGUACCCAGGUUGUUAUCUGUGCUUCUUGUGCAAGCAGAGAGACAACUGUGAGCGGAACCAGCGCGGGCAGGCGGGUCCCGGCCCCGGCGGCGGCUCCGGCGGCGGCUCCGGCAGCGCGGGCGGCGCGAGCACCGGCGGCUGCUGCGUUCCCCACACAGAGGCUGCUCCACGUCCGCAGCCAAAUGCCAACAGAAACAACCUCCCCCGGUUCCUCUGCCCGCCAGCGCCUUCUCCCAGCGCCCUCGUCCUGUGCCCGGAGCGCGGGGACCGCGGUUCCGCCGGCACCACCGCCGCGCCGGAGCGCUGGGACGAGCGCGGGCCGUGUCCGGCGGGACGCUGUCAGCGCCGUGGAUUUUUGGUUUUAGUUCGCUGAAAGACUAGAUCCUGAACUGUUGUACAUAUUUCUAACUAGGCUAAUGCACAGUGCAAAUCCCUUUUUUAAUUGUUUUUUAAGUAGACGAAACUAAAGAGAGCACCGUCUGAUAUUCCUACCAGUACCCGUCGUAGCAUAAGGUGUCAAAAACAGAAACAAAUACACAAAAAGCAUUUGCUGUUUUAACAAACUGCUUUCUUUUAACAAAAGUUCUUGUAUUUCUCCCCGUGUUUGAGAUGAACAUUUUUUAAAUUCUAAAGUUGUACAGGUUUUGUUUUCCAUUAUUUUAUCUUGUUUGUAAUUCUAUGAAAUAUAUAUAUAUAUAUUUUUCGCCAUUUAACUGUUGUAUGUUACUCUGUCUGUAUCAUAUAGAAAUGUUUUUGUUUGUUUUGGUUUUGAUUCUCUAUGUGAUACCAGUUAACAAUUUAACACUAGCUUUAUCUGUCGAAUUCCACAAGGUCUCUUCUGGAAAUCCUUUUGUUUUGUCUUGGUUUGUUUCAGUUUUUUAAUUAUAUUGCUUGGUCAUAGUGCAAUUUCUCUCUCCUCCUUCCCCCUCCUCCUUCCCACCCACUAAAAGGUUUUAUAAAUUCCUUUCCUUGUAUUUUUUCUAAGUGUUUCUAGAGACUUCCAGUGCGAGGUUGCUUCCUCCUCCUGCAGCCCGGCUGCCCCAGGCUGGUGCUGGGACCGGGACCCCGGCCCCCCGGGCCCCCGGAGCCGCCGCGACCCCCAGCCCACCCGUGGCCUUUGGGACGAGUGGGAGCGGGGCCGGGCCGGGCACGAGGAAAAGAUUUCAAACUUGGCAUUGCGCAGGUUUCUGUUUUAUUUUUAAUAAAAAGCUUUUUUUAAGUGGUGAAGAUGGCCAAAGUUUCAUACAAUUGAGAAUAGAGAGAGGUGUGGGGUGAGCGCGGGGCCCCCGCGCGGGGCAGGCGCUGGCACCCGCCGGCACGCUCGCUGUUCACGGGAAUAUAUUUUGCUUUAAAGUAAAAAAUUAAACUUUUAAAUAGAAGCAGAAAUUGGGUUGGUUGGUUGGCUGGUUGGUUGGUUUGUCGGCGCUGAGAUACUGCCCACUGUGAAACACAAAGCUUUGACUAUUUUUUUCGGUUUUAUUUUUGGGGGGGUGAGUUUGGGUAGAACAGAAAGCAUAACUGAGGUGAAGAGGGUUAUGAACAGCCUUUGCAAUGUACAAAAAAUAGAGCAAGUGAAACCAAAAAUGAUGUUCUUGGUGUUUUUCUAUAAUGUAGUCUUGUUAGCUUUUUUUUUGUUACUGUAACAAUGCUGAUCUCGAACUGUACCAAAAUACAUGGAGACUAACAGAAACAGAAACCACAUGGAACUUUCAAAACUUUAAAAAAUUUGUCACAAAAGACUUUGUUGUCAUAGUUGAGUUGACUGUAGAUGGUAAUUGAAUAUACUCCUUUGGAAAUAUUUCAUCACGUAUGUUUCCUGCUCAUUGUGAUACAUUAAAAAAAAAAUGAGCAAAA